AUGAACGAGCCAGCGGAGGGCGGCGCUCUGCCCACGGGGUCCAAGCAGGCGCUCCAGGCCGUGGUCAACUUCGCCCGUACCAACGGCAGCGCGUUGCACGUUGCGGUUGUCUCGCCCCAGGGCGCUGCCGAGUCCGCGGCACAGCAGGCGGACGCGGCGCGGAACUGGCUUGGAAGCGAAGGUGUCGAGAGCUGGGACGUGGUGCUGAAGCUGGUCCCGGGCGAGGAGGCGGGCCCCGGCGCGGCGGUCGUUGUGGGUGACCUGGCGGACGAGCUGGACGCCGACCUGGUCGUGCUCAGCGCCGACGCGUGCCACAUGCACUCCGUCGACGCCAACCUCCUCGCCGAGUUCGUCCCGUGCCCGCUGCUGAUGCUGCCCUGA